AGAAGACGGAGAAAGGAAGAACACAUUCACUCGACAGUCGAAAAUUGUGUCUUGUAACUAAAGUAUGUCUCGAAAAAACUAAGCGAUAAUGAACAUUAACAUUUGUAACUAGUCGCUGAAUUGUUCUGUUGACGAAGUAAAGAAGAAAGAUGGAUUUAGAAGUAGCUGAAGGUUAUAGAUCGUCUCUGAAAGAUUUGGCUCAAAACAGCAAGCCGUUGAUCAACAUGUUGACGAUGUUAGCCGAUGACCAUGAGCAGCAUGCCUCCAUUAUUAUUGAUGUUAUCGAGGAACAUAUCCAGAAGGUUAAGCCAUCUUUAAAGUUACCAGUAUUGUAUCUUAUUGAUUCUAUCAUAAAGAAUUUACAGACGUCAACUUAUCGUACCUUGUUUCCAGCUCGUCUUGUUAAAAUGUUCUGUGAAGCAUUUGAAGAGGUUGAUGAGAAAACCAGACAAGCCAUGUUUAAACUUCGACAGACCUGGGCCAAUGUUAUACCCAAUAAUAAGUUAUAUGCAAUAGAUGUAAGAGUUAAUGCAUCAGAUCCAGCCUGGCCAAUCACAGCUACUGCACCAGAACAGGGCAGCAUACACGUUAAUCCAAAAUUUCUGACACAGGAAAAGAAAAUAGCAGCCACUACACUACCUCCAGUUCAAGAAAGUGCUGAAGAUAUAAUGCGAAGACAAUUGUUAGAAAAACAACAAGAACUUCAAAAGUUAAAACUAGAGUUAGAACUUGCAGAAACUACAGCUAAACUAGAGCAACAGAGAAAACAGCUGGAAAUGAAAAGACAGAAUAUUAGUGGAGAUCAUUCAGGUGUUGAUACUAAACCAAAAGAUCCACGGAUGAAUAGAG